GGCAGCGAGGGGCAGGGCCGGGGGCGCCCGCGCGGGUCCGUGCCGGCUCUCGGGGGAGGCCGGCCGCACUGAGAGCCGGGCUUUAAACCCGAGCCAGAGCCUUCGUCCGUCGGCCCUGUGGAGGACGGAGCUACCCGGAGGAGAAGAAGAAAGAAUGCAGCUCGGAGACGGGGAGGGCCGGCUCGCCCUUGCUACGGACGCCGCUCCGCUGGCGUUGCCGUCCUCUUCUGCUUGCGCCCCUUACCCGCCAGGCGGUUGACCCCCUUCCAUCCCUUUUCACCUGCCGCAGAGCAGACGCGUCUCUUCCCCCCCGUUCCCACCCAGUGCCUCUGAUCGCUGCUGCAGACGGGCAGCUUUGCGCCCCGGCCCCUGCUCUGUGGAAGAUCCUUGUUCCCGAAAGCUACACCGUACUUGCCGCCUCCUGCGCACCCCCCGCCUUUGGGUGCUCUGGCAGCGCACUCCGCAGCCUCCCCCCCCGUUCCGCCUCCUGUGUCUGUCUGCCAGCAACCCCCUCCCCCGCCCUCAGCACCCCGAGCUGGGCACGGAGCUGGGCGGGGAGGCAGUCGCUGGCAAGCGCUGUCCUUUGUGAACAAAUCUGACGGUACAGGGAAGGGGGCUAACUCACCACCCCCAAAAGAAAUGUUUCCAGCUGCGUAAUUGACUGUUUCCUGUGAUAAAAACGCCUUCACCUUUUCGUUUUACUGCAAGCAUUAUCUAUCCCAGAUAAUAGCUGGGCAAGGAAGAUUUGAAUGUCGUCUUCUUGAAUUGCAGGUUUGCGCUGUCAUGCCUGGCAUGACUGUGCGGAGAGCGCUUCGCCGCUGAUAGCUCUUCAGGAGCACGAGAAGCUGAAAGUAUGGAGCUCUGCACUGGGAUGAGUCCCAUAACCUCCACAGCUUGGUACAGCCAUGGGAGGAAUACAGACCCGAGUGGUCGGAAGAGAAAAUAAGUAGCCAAGAAGGAUUCCUGAUUGCUGAACCUGAGGUAACUGCCCAGAUGGACCAAGGAGAAGAACAAGAUCAUGAGGCCUUGGAGGAGACACACAUGGGUGGUGAGCUAGGUCCCCGUUCAGAUGACCUUGCAAGCACAGAUCUGCAGGACAUGUUGACAGUGGGGUCCAGAGGAGGAGAGGAACAGCUUGGGGACAGCCAUGGAAGUCGGCGCAGUUCCUUGGAGGCUCAGCAAGAUGGCUGUGAGGAGGAAGAGGAGGCUAAGCUGCCUUGCUCUGAUAUCAGCCUGGUGAAAAGACAGGAGAGAAGGGUGGCAGCAACCUCACGGCGAGCCCCUCGUGCAGAGCGGCCCACCAUCUGCUCUGAGUGUGGCAAGGGCUUCAGUCGGAGCAUCCACCUCAUCCAGCACCAGCGAAUGCACACUGGGGAGCGCCCGUUCCUGUGUGCAGAGUGUGGCAAGGGCUUCAGCCAGAGCUCCCAUCUCAUCCAGCACCGGCGGGUCCACACAGGCCAGAAACCCUACACCUGUGCCGAGUGUGGGAAGAGCUUCAGCCAGAGCUCCAACCUUCUCAAGCACCAGCGUAUCCACACUGGGCUUAAACCCUAUGUAUGCAGCGAGUGUGGGAAGAUCUUCAGCGACAGCUCCACCUGCAUCAAACACCAGCGUAUGCACACAGGUGAGCGGCCCUACAAGUGCCCAGCCUGUGGGAAAAGCUUCAGCCAGCACUCCCAUCUCCUUCAGCACCAGCGAGCCCACGAUGGCGUCCGGCCUUAUGCCUGUGGGCAGUGUGGCAAACGUUUUGGGCAGAGCUCUGACCUCAUUAACCACGCUCGUACCCACACUGGUGAGAAGCCUUACAAAUGCAGCCAGUGUGGCCGGGGCUUCAGUGGCAACUCCAACCUCAUCAAGCACACCCGCAUCCACACUGGGGAGCAGCCAUACCGCUGCACCCAGUGUGGGGAAAGCUUUCGGUUCCAGCCCCAGCUGGUGCGCCACCAGAAGCACCAUACAGAGUAGUUGGUGGAGAGGAGAAGGCCAUGUGGACCAUAGGCAGCUACCUGGUACUUGGAAGACACACAGCUGCUCCCUGGACACCUCGUACGGGGCAUGAAUUUUGGGGGAGGGAACCCUCAGAGCCUGUCCCCUUUUCUUCUGGGUAAAUCUGUUUGUGAGCACUGCUCAGACACUCGAGCGAAGAGGGAGGCCGCUGCUGAACAAACUAGUGCAUGUUCACUGCGGUGCAGUGGUUGUUCUGAGCCCCUCUUUUGGAGAUGGGGAAAAUACAGGUGCUUAUACGGUAUGGUACGUUCAAGGCCAGAGAGGAGAACUUAGAGACGUUCCAAGGAUCAGUGCCUUCUGUUAUUUCUAGUGGGGAGUGAUUUUUAUCCCAGUAAAAACCAGCGAAAAUCUGUACCUGUUUUCUGUACAAGCUGCCUGGCUUUUGCCUUGUGGUAAGGCCGCAGCCUGUGAUGAUCACUCCCCUUAGAAUCCACAUCUCCCACUUGCCGGUAUUCUUGGUUUUAGGUGGUGUUAGCAUCUAUUUAUUUUAAAACCCCACAACACUGUGCUGGGUGCCUCUGCAUACAUGUUGUGGGCCCAGCUGAUGCUCUGUUGGGGCCUCAUCUAUGGAGCAGUAUUUUUGCUGGGUUGUAUGGUUGUUAAAUUGACAGUUCCACAAGUUAUGCUGCUGUCUGACAGCUUAGUCCUCAACAGCAAUUAAGUAAAUUAACAUCCUAAUAGGUGUUUCUCUCAGAUUCUUGUUUAGGUGCUUUUGUGGGUGGCACUUUAUGAAUGUUUUUAUAAGGCUUUUAAAAAUAUUUAGGAUGACUUUUUAAAUUGUGAUCUUCUAAUUGUCAGUUCAUGAACAGAAAAAGGAUGGUGUUUGAAAAAUAAACUAUGUCAAACUUUGAUUUUAUAUUAAAUGUUAAACAUUUUUUCUUGCAUAAAACUUUUUAAC